AUGUUUAAUGUCAUCAUUAUCGCACUUGUGCUAGGGAGUUUCAGGCCAUCCAGAGAAGAUCUUGAGUGGUAUGAAAUGGAAAACGAUACGAAAAAAGAAGCGUCGAAUGACGAAGAUUGGUGUUGUGAUGAUAGUGAUUGCGACGAGGGUUAUGGAUAUUAUGGCUCUGAUGGUUAUGAUGAGGAUGAAGAUGAUAAUGGCAGUGAAGAUGAUAUCAACAGUGAAGAGUUUUAUGGUGAAGAGAUAGAUACUGACUUGGAGAGGAGAACUGAGGAUUUCAUAGCCAAAGUCACAAGGAAAUGGAGAGAGGAGUUGCUUAAUGAGAAGCUCAUGUCCAUGAUUGCUACAGACUCACAACCAUCCAGCUCUAGCUAG